GUCCUCGAUGGUGAAUUGGGAGGGGUCGAGAGAGGCAUUGUCGAAGUCGUCAUCAGAGGUGGGUUGAGUGGUGUCGUUAUGAAAAAAGAGGAAGCGGGAGGGAGCGGGCGCGGACUGGUGAUGGGGGUGGAAUCGAUUGUGGUGAAGCAUGCGAGAGAGGAGGUCAGCAAGGGGCAUGUCGGGUUCGUGGGCGAGAGCGGUGGCAAGAUCUUUGUGGCAUACUCGCUUGAUGCGGGAGAUGAACGCAAAGUCGGGAAUGACGGUGGUGGGGAGGUGAUGGCGGAGGGAGCGGAUGUAUUGGACGAAGCGGUCUGUGGGACCGGUUUGGCGGAGGUGGCAAAAUUGUUCGAGGUAGUCGUCAAUGGUUUUCUGGGGGCGAAAGGUGGCAGCGAGAAGUUUGGCCCAUUGGAGGAAGGAGUGAUGUGGUCCUCCAGAGGCUCGGCAGUUGCUGACUUCAGCCAUCCACCAUUUGGCGGCAUUGCCGAGGAGGCGGGAGGUGGCAAUGGGGAGCCAGUGGGCAAGGGGCAUGUGGUGGAGGUGAAAAGAGUUAUGGAGCUGGGUUAGGAAGAGGAAAACGUCCUCGUGGGGGAGGCCGGAGAAGGACAUGAUUUCGCCCGAUCGGAGGAAUGGGGGAUUUCCCCGUCUCGGUGAACGAUCUG